AUGAGUAGCUCUGCAACAGCGCCAUGGAAGCACCUUCUUCUCAAGUCCCUCAGCUCCAAUUCCCAUCUUAAGCAUUCCACCUACUUUCUGCUCGCUACUGUUGGAUCCAAUGUCAGACCGUCUAAUCGAACUGUUGUCUUCAGAGGAUUUCAAGAUGCCAAACCAGCCAAUACACCUCUUGAAUCAAACCUAAAACUCACCACAGUAGAGUUUGAUGCUUCCACAGGAGCUACAGAUGAUACACUUUUAGAGGAUGUCAGUCUCUACCAAAGGCUUGUUGGGAAGCUAAUGUAUGUGACUAUCACUAGGUCUGGCAUCAGUUAUGCAGUUCAAACUUUGAGUCAGUUUAUGCAAAGAUCUAAGAAGUCACACUGGGAAGCUGCAAUCAGAGUUGUAAGAUACCUCAAAUAUGCACCAGGACAAGGAGUAUGGCUCAAGGCUGAACCUAGUAAUACUCUAACAUGUUGGUGUGACUCAGAUUUGGCUGCUUGCCCAAAUACCAGAAGAUCUUUAACAGGUUAUGUUAUCAAAUUUGGAAGCUCCUUGAUCUCUUGGAAGUUCAAGAAAUAA